AUGUUAACAGUUCGAUACUGUUUACUAGUUUUGGGUUUUGUAAUGUGGUUUGCUAUUGCAAUGCCAAUUGAUAAAAAAAAUAGAUCAUCAUCAUUAUUAUUAUCAAUUGUAUAUGAUCAACGAUUAAUAAAAAACAAUUACAUUGUUCGUAUUAGAAAUGCAUCGAUUAGUCAUCUACUUAAUACAACAGCAUUUAAAGAAAAGUUACGUCAAAAAAGAGAUAGUGUCGAUAAUACAGAUAUCAAGGCAGUUGUAGCAACUAUUAAUGAUCAUCGUAUGAUGAUUGAUGAUCAUAGAACUAUGAUCAAUAACAUAAUAAACAAUUCAAUUAAUAUAAACAAUCUUCAGGCAGCCGUUUCGAAUCAUUAUUCAAAAACAACUCCGAUAUGGAGUAGUUAG